GAGGGGGGAACUUCCAUAUUAAUCCUAACGGGUGAUUUCGUGACAUGUGUUCCAAAUACUUAUAAAAAAUACACUAUGGCCUAAUUAUCAGCAGAAGAAAAGAGUUUUUGUUUCUUAUGACAAAUUCAGUGAACGUUGUGUUUUAGUUUUGUGGUCUGACUGGGCUCGUCCCAGUCAUAAUUCUAUGAUCGAUAGUCGUGUUUUGACUCUGGGUAUCCGUUUGAUAUCCCGAGAAAUGUUAAAAUGUUAAUAAAUUUUCAUUCGCCUAAUUCCGAGAAACCUGACGGUUGUGCAUAAACUAUUUAAUACAAUAUGCUACGAUUUUCUCUAACGAAUAAAGAGUUGUUUCUUUUAUUUCUUGCCGAAAAUAAUUUUUCCGUAUUCUGUUUUGUUCGUUGGGUUCGUUCCAGUCCUUCACUUUAGGUGAAACUCAAUGAUGUGUUCGCGAGCUGGUGCGUUUCUUAGUCAGCGGCACAGCAAACCAAAAUACGUUCCAAUCAGUGCCAGUUUUCCGAGAGAAUAAACACUUUCAAUUUCCCUAGAAAAACAUUUCCCAGCAAACCAUCUGAAUACGGAGACCUAAAAAUUAUAUCAAGGGACUUAAUCAUUCCAGUCUGAUCCCCGACUUUUAACAAAUUGAGAUCAGUGAAAUUUGCGGUGGAUUUCAGAACACAAAGACGAAGGUUGCAAAAGGAACGACAACGCGUUUAGUGAGAAAAGGUAUCCAACAAAAUUAAACUUUCAGUGCCGAAGAUCUGCUAGUCUGGAUGUUUCAGUCGAAGGCAGGAUGCCACUCCCUGUUAAAUCAACUGACUCUGAACGGGAUGUUUCUAAUACAAACCAAACAGCACAUACCUCGAUCGAUCCAGGUGAUGGAUGGACUCUGGUGACGUCAAAGAGCCAGAGACGAAAGUCAGUGGCCCAAAGAACUUCUAUUGCUGACUGGCCAUCACUGCCAGGACCUUCAGAUAACAGUACUUUGCAAGGUUCCAAUCCUACUGCAACAAAACGCUUUUCCGCUAACCGUGCCGAGCCUCAGCAACUCAAAUCCGAGCAAAAAUCCAGAGAACAUUUUAGGAGAGGUUCUGCUUUCGCUUCAUCAGGGUUUGCAGGUAACACGAAUUACGUCCUUCGACAAUCCCCAAAUUCAUCGCGUCACCUGAAAUCUACAGGACUAAACUCUUUUCUCAGCCGUACAGAGUCCCCGAGACAGCGCUUGUUUUCAACAGAUCAAGAGUCCUUUUCCCGUCCAGAUGUUAAACGCACUGAACUUACAGAACAUGCAAGAACGCCUGUCCGCUUCAGUCACCCUUGUAGGAAUUCAUCCAAAGAAUCGAGGACAGUGAACUUUGGAAACACAUCAAAAUCGCAAUGGGAGAGUCUUGAGCAGAUUUCUCCUCUUCAGAUUCAUGGUGUUUUGACUACCAAGGCUAAGUCGAAACCGCCUCUCGAUAGAUGUAUUUCACCACAAGUAGGAGCAAAUGUUCACGGUUGGGCUCCUCCACCAGGAGUUUCCACUCUUUGUGCCCAUUUCCUGCAAGAUAACAGAAAGGGAAAACCUUUCAGACAUCCAAAUCCUUGUUUAAACUGCACAAAGCUCUCCAAGCUUUUGUACGGAGUUUGGAAAAGUGACACAAAGGAAUGGCAAGUGAUGAGACCCUACCCAAAAGAUGUGAACCCUAAUGUUCCGUUCCAGCUCUGCUGGCAAUUCAGUAAUCGCGGCAAAUGCCAAAAACGUUCUUGUACAUUUGCCCAUGGCAAAAAGGAGUUAAUGUUCUGGACUUCAGAAAGACAAUCAGGCCGUGCCGCGUUUGGACGGAUUGCUGAUCCUGAACUUUCUCCUCAAGAAAAUGAUUUCCAGGACAUUCCUAAAGUCCAGAAACGCAUCCAGGGAUCGUUGAUCAUUCGUGAUAUAAGGUCAUUUAAACCAAGGCCUCCUCCAACCGGGGUGUACAGUGGAAAAUUCCAAUUGUGUAAAUGGUGGAAGUCUGGUCGCGAACUGGAAUCAUGGAGGAGAUACAACAGGGAAAUUCAGGAAGCUAAAAGUGAAGAAGAAUUAUCCUGCCAAAAACCAGAAACGAGUGCAGACAUUUCAAGAAGUGAGAUACAGACGGUUUACAGUCUCCCUGGUGUAGAGGUCUUAAGCAAUAAACCUGCUACAGUGAAGAUCUCACAUCGUGGUGAAGAGAGACAUAUCUUUCAUUGGGAAUUUACUGUCAAAUUCGAGAUAGGUGAAGUUGGCAAACUUUGUCAAGUUGAUCUGCUUCAUCGCUAUCACGACUGCUAUCGAUUGACAAUGAUAACUGGCUUUUUUAACAACGUCGAGAAAUUCUCAGAAGUUCCUAGAGAGCGAUGGUCGUACAAUCUUCCUAGUGGCGGUUGGAAUGACACGAAAGAGGGCCAAAUGAAAGUUGUCGUAUCUGUCUCCUUUGAAACCAUAGCGAGUAACCGGACCUUUACGCAGUGCCUAAGAUUUGACUUUGGCAAGAAGCCCUUUUUAUUGCAAGGAUUAAAUGUGGACAUAGCAAGUGAGGAGGCCUUGGACAAGCUCUCGGCCACACGACAAGAACUGAAAUUGCAUUCCUCUGUAUGGACAGAGGGGUCAGCGGACGUUGUUCCAUGGCCAGAAACCACCGACAUGAACAGUCAAGAUUUGUUACUACUGAAGGAGUACAAACUGCCUGAGAGGAUCGAGAAUGUCAUUUCAGCGCAAAUAAUCGACGGAAACAUGACGGUGCACAACUAUAAAAGAGUGAUGCAUCAACUGUUGUUUACUGAGGAGCUCUUCAUGAAAAAGGCGAUUUCAAGGUAAAUGUCAAUAAGUGCUUCAAUAGGCUAUUUCCGAGUUGCCUUUUGCCUCUGUGUCAAAACGAGCCUUCGUGCAAAAUCAUUCAUAUGGACAUGUGUUCCCCUUACAGGUUCAUUUUCAUGCAAAUUAAACUCAUUUUCAUAUGAAAGGUUUUGUACGAGGACUCGUUUUGAAACAGAGGCAAGAGGUAACUCGGAAAUGGCCUAUUGAUAUCACAAACAACAAACCGUUACAUCAUUGCACUUUACAACGGUCCUCAAUUUGCUAAUUAUCAUUAUGCU